AUGGGAGGCAAGAUCACAGAAACAUGGCUCACAAAACCAUUCUUGACUUCGAUCUUCCUAGGGCUCGGCGGUUUCCUCUACGGCUUUGACUCGGGUAUCAUCACUCCAAGUCUCGCUCUGAACUCCUUCCUGAAAUACUUCGACAAUCCCGAUGCCCCUCUCCGAGGAGCUAUUGUGUCAGUUUACCAGGCAGGUGCAUGGCUGGGAAGUGCCUCUGUUGGUAUAACCAGUGAUAGGCUCGGAAGACGGAAAGCGAUUGCGUUCGGGUGUGCCUUUGGGGUCCUCGUGGGUGCACUGAUGACCGGUGCGGCACAUGUUGCUAUGCUUAUCAUUGGUCGCAUGCUUGUUGGAUAUGCCGUCGGUACAAUCACAGGCGUUGCACCGGUCUUUGGAGCAGAGAUUGCAAAGACCCAUGAGAGGGCAAGAAUAAACGCAGUUACCCAGAUGAUGUGUGCUUGGGGCUUCUUUGUCGCCCUUUGGACGGGAGUAGGGGAAGGCAAGUGGCAUAACUCCAACCAGUGGAGGCUCGGUUUUGCUAUCCAGAGCAUUCCAGCCCUCGCUCUUGGAGUCGGAGUCCUGUUUAUCAGUGAGUCGCCAAGAUGGCUUUGCCUGAAAGGCCGUCAUGAAGAAGCAGAGAAGGCCUUUCGCAGCUAUCAUCACAACGGCUCCAACGAUGAGUGGUGCAGGGAGGAGUUCAGCCGUAUGCAAGCCAACAUUGCGAUCGAGCUACAGGCUCGAGGCGAUCUUUCCUGGGCAGAGCUCCUCAAGACGCCGGCCUUCAGGAAGCGUCUUUUUGUCGGAUCCUUUGUCUGGGCGUCUGCGAUGUUGAGCGGCAUCAGCUUUAUCCAGUAUUUCCAACCAGCCAUCUAUGCAACACUGCAGUAUAAUCAGGAUCAGCAGCUUCUCAUAAGCGGGCUAUACGGAUCGGUGGCUCCGGUGGCGUGCCUGGCGUCCCUGCUCUUCGUGGACCGCAUCGGUCGAAAGAAGAUUCUGGUCUCCAGCGCUUCACUUCUGUCAGUCUGUUACCUGAUUAUCACCAUCAUCGCUGCCGUCUUUCCGGCCCGACCAGGGUUCCCAACAAACGAGGCAGCUCAGCGCGGUCUCAUCGCCUGCAUCUUUGUUGUAUCGGCCAACUACUCGGCUCUUUUGGGUCCGAUGACUUGGAUCAUUCCGCCCGAGGUCUUCACCACCGAGUUAAGAGGCAAGGCAAAUGCCGUCGUCCAGGUCCUGCAUUAUUCCAUUAGCCUGAUUAUCACCCAAUGUUCGCCCAUUGCUUUGGCUGCAGUAGGCUGGAAGUAUUACAUCUUCUUUAUCCUUAGCAACGCGCUGUGUGCGAUUGUGUUUGCGCUUGUGUAUCCCGAAACAAGAGGCAAAUCGCUUGAAGACAUGAGCGAGAUAUUUGGCGACAUCAAGCGAAGGACGGAACCAGAGUUGGGCAACGCCCUCAUACUCAGUAUCGAGACUAAAUCCCAACGCCAAGUACAGGAAGGAUCACUGAUGGGGUCCGGUUAG